AUGGCUGACGGUCAGAGCAACCAUGGAGUGCAAGAGGGCAACACCGCGCUGCUACAGAAACUCGCGUCUGCGGUCAACGGGCAUGCUGCCACUGCUACUUUUGCUUGCGGCGGAUCCGUACCUAUCUCAGACCUAAGUACGGGCAACCUUGGGACUGGCGCGCAGAACUUGUUUCCAUCUGUCACCAUACGAUGGGACUCGGAGGAUCACUAUAUCAAGCAAUCAAAGAUUUCCUUUCCUCUUCCACAUCAACACGAUGGCUCAUUCCGAAUGCUCAACGGCCUCCUUUCUAGUUGCAAGCGUGCGACAUUCGGCGUUGGUGGCCACGAUGUCCUGGACGAGAAAUACCGAAAGGCUGUGAAGCUAGACACAUCGCAAUUCUCCACUGAUUUCCACCCGCACGAUUGCGGUAUCUUGGACUCCAUCCAGCAGAUACUUCUUCCGAGCACCAUCAGAGGCGGACAAGCUGUCGGCAUUGGUCCGCAAGGCGUUCGGGGGGAGCUCUAUAAACUCAAUAUUUAUUCUGCACCCUCUGGUAAAUUCCUGUCCCAUGUGGAUACCCCACGCGGAGUCAUGCAAUUUGGCUCACUCGUUGUAUGCUUGCCUUGCCAACACGAAGGCGGUGUACUACGCGUCAAGCACCGCGGCGAAACAGUAGACUUCGCAUGGGGCCAUACCAGCCCACAGUCUGUCCAAUGGGCAGCUUUCUACGGAGAUUGCGAACACGAAGUCCUCGAGGUUACGAAAGGCGGAAUCCUAGGAUUCUUCUGCCACCAUCAAUACGCACACUCUCAGGGAAGCGGUCGUAAAUCGAUCCCCGGUGCUUUCAAAGGCGUCGACCUCGCCAUAUUCUCCGUAUUCCACGCUCUGGGUCUCAAGGUCGGCGUUCAUCCCAUCAUUGAGAACAGAUCAGAGAACAUGGGAGGCCUGUCUGCCAGGGAGCUAAUGCGGGGCCCAACCGUCCCCAGGGAAGGGGAUUUUGUCGAGAAUUGCCUCACGAACCUCUCCGGGAAGCCAACACACCUUCGUGGCGAGGGAUUCGAUGAGGAUGUUGAAAUCUCGUAUGAUGCAAUGGAUGACAGUGACAGUGAAGAAGAAAAAGAGGGUUUGUACUACUAUAACAAUCUUGAAGACAAAUUCUCUAAAUGCGGCCAAGCAGAAUACACCACCAUCGUUGGGACGAAGCUCCACGGGCCCACUUUCGAUAAAUCCUACGAAGAGGAGUCCAAAGAGCCCGUCACCGCCGCAUGGCCGCACCAGAAAGUACCUCAGAUCGUAUGGCUAAACGAACCCAUGCACAAAGAAUUCGCGCAUGCCGGACUGGCGUACGGCAACGAAGCGACCCUGAACUACCGCUUCUCCGCCGCCGCGAUCCUCGUCGUCGUCCCGCCGAGCGAGACGCGAAUCCACACAGCUGCACCACGGGCAGAACGAGUCGUCUCGUCGAGCUUGUCGCCCGGCACCGUCGUCGGCACACCAGAUUCCAGCGGGAGUGUAGACCCGGGAUGCGUUUACGCGUCCGGCGCGAUGGGGGCGCGUUGGGAUGGGGAGGGGGGUGGAUCCGGGGGGAUGAUUGGUUGCGGGGAGAUCGUUUCUAGAUCGAGAUGA